CUCCCGCGCCCUAGUCAGCUCUUCCGCGCUCUAUAUUUCCUCACAACUCUGGAGCCCAGUUUCGCUCCCCUCCUCCACGAUCCUACCUCUGCCGUCUUCUUCCCUUGACUCUCCCCGCCGAAUCCACAAAAUGCACGGCCACAUCUCACACCCCGCCACGCCCACCUCCGACUUCUUCAUACCCAAGCGCGGCAAGAAGCGGGGUAGCUAUAACUGUGGCCGUUGCGGCCUUCCCAAAAAAGGCCACGUUUGUAAUUUACCCAAUGACUUCACUCCCAUCUCCGACACCACAGCUAUCACCGAAUCUACAUCCUCAGUUUCGCCGUCGCCGCUCUCCAUCGUCCGUCAUCAGCCACCGCUGCCUCCGCAUCCGCCUGCUCAGCCUGUCUAUCGGCUGAGGAGAGCUCUGUCAUUUGACGACAUCGAUAUCGGUGAAUCCGCCGGAUCUGACGACGACGAGGAGGCAUUUGAUUUGCCGGAUCUAGGAGGAUCCGGAGGAUUGCCUUUUGUUUGCGCCUGGGAGGUGCUUAGGAGGUUGCCCCCACCAGCGCUGCUAUCGGCAGCAGGCGUGUGCAAGGGAUGGAGGGAUACGGCCAGGCGGCUGUGGAGAGCGGCGGAGGAGCUCAGACUCAGGGUUCCAGCUAAGGCUCAGAUUGGACACGUCAGGUCGUUGCUGCAGAAAUGCCCUGAGCUCGUAACGCUGUCACUCAGAAUGGAAAGUGAUGUUGAUGCCACGUUGCUAGCUUGCAUAGCCUUCUCUUGUCCUAACCUGGAGUCAUUGGAGAUCAUCACAUCAAACUCAUCAGUAAAUCGGAUCACCGGGCAAGAGUUAGGAUAUUUUGUUUCAGAUAGAAAAUGCCUUACCAACCUCAAGAUUGAAGGGUGCUCUAAUCUUGGUGCUUUCAGUCUUUGUUCCACCAAGCUUUCCACCCUUUGGCUUUCAGAACUUCGUUGUCUCUCUAAGAUGGUUUUUAACUGCCCAAAUCUAAAGGAAAUCUCGCUAGAUUUUUCUCGUGAGGGCAUAGAUACCACUGAUCUUUCCACAAUGGUGGAGGGCCUUGGAAGGGGUUGCCCAAGACUACAGAACAUUCACCUUGCUUCUACUCGCCUUUCACAUGCUGUUGUGUUAUCUCUUGCUGCAGCAAAUUUGAGUGGAUUGAGGAUGCUGUCUCUUGUACUGGGAUCUGAAAUAACUGAUGCAUCUGUUGCAGCUAUUGCUUCAAGCUACUCAAACCUUGAGCUACUCGAUCUUAGUGGAUCUAGCAUAACUGAUAGUGGCAUUGGAAUGAUAUGCAAUGUUUUCCCAGAUUAUUUGUCGAAACUUCUCCUUGCACUCUGUCCAAAUAUCUCUUCAAGUGGAAUUCAAUUUGCCACAGCUCAAUUACCUCAUCUAGAAAUCAUGGAUUGUGGAAUGACCAUUUCAGAUCCAACUCUGGACAACCAAUUCCCUGAUGAGAACAAUGACCACGACUUACAGAAAAUGUCCAAUAGCAGACAACACCAUGCAUACCAAAAGCUUAUUAUUAAACACAACCGGUUGAAGAAACUGAGUUUAUGGGGCUGCUCUGGUUUAGAUGCAUUAUACUUGAAUUGCCCAAAACUUGGGGAUCUAAAUCUAAAUUACUGCAGUAAUUUACAACCAGAGAGACUGUCACUUCAGUGUGCCAAUUUGGAAAAUGUUCAUGCCCUAGGAUGCAAGGACAUGUUGGUGGAGACUAUUCAUAACCAGGUUACCAGUAGCGAUUUCAUGUCAAUCCAAAACAGUUUUCCAUGCAAACGUCGUCUACCUGAUGGCUCUAAAAGAAUUCAAGCCUCUCAUAUGUUCAUACCCCAGCCAUUAAACAGUGAGAAGAAAAAGAGGAAGAUUACAAGAAGCAGGUGUCCUGUGCACAUACAUACUUAGUCUCUUCACGAGUGUCUCUAUGCUUGUAGAGGCCUUGUUGUUUUUAUAUACUGAUCAUAGCCAUAAUUUGUAUCUCUGAAUUGCCAAGUUAGAGGCACAUAGCUUGAAAUUUAUUUGUUAAUUCCAGGGCAAUGUCUACCUGAUCAUGUAACUUUAAUACCAAUAAAUUAAACUGUAGUGCUCUUAUAGGAACAGGUUGAAGGCCAUUGCCUAACCAUGUAUUGUUUUCUCUCAUUACACUCAUAACAGCAUUAAUAAAGGACUUGCUUGAACCCCC